AUGUACGACCACAAGCGCCAUAUCACUUCCACACCAUUAUGCUUCGCAGGUCUUCGGAUCCACAUCAAGGCGACACCCGGCUCCGGUUCGCGCGUCGAGAUCGCAGCUACCGGCGCCAGCGGUCGUGUGAACGAUCUCUGGACCAUCCUCCAAAUCAGCACCGUCGACAUCCUUCCCACCGGCGCCCACGCCGACCUCCUGGCCUCCACAUUCCCCAUCCCCGCGUCGGCCUGGGGGUGUGCCACCUCCUUCCUGACCCUGCACGCGCCCAGUGGCAAUGGCACGGGAGUGGAAGGGUGGGAGGACUCCAACCCCGACCCUGCUGCCUGGGCAGAGGAGGUCAUCCGGAGGACCGGCUGCCCUGCACCCCCUCACCUGGUCUCUACCCGACUGCUGGCAGAGGAGGAGGACGUCACCGGCGGGGGCUGCCGGCCCCGCCUUCUGGCGUUCCCCUGCUCCUUCGCCGCCGGGUCGCGGCCGACCUCCAGCCAGCCCGUUGCGUGCGCCCUCGCCAGCGCAGGCGACGUCCCCGCGCCCCCUCAAGCCAGGGUCCCCAGGCAGGCCCUCGCCAGGAUCUGGCCCAACCCCUUCUGGUGA